AUGAAACCGCCAUCUUCCAGUCCUCAGACUCGGUUCUAUGAGCCUACGCCGGCUGCCGCUGCGCCUGUGGAUCGAUCUGGCCGAGUCCCUGCCAGUUUAAGGCCACAUCAUAAGGACUCUAAGAAGCACGGGUCCAAACGGCAGACGAAGGAAAACAAAAGACCCGAGCUGGUUGAUGACUUCCACUAUGAGAAGUCGUUGGGCCGUGGAAAAAAGGGAAUUGAUAUUAGUCAUUUGGUGGAUUUCCGCCUACCGGAACAUGAAAUUCACACCAGUUCCGGCCGUCGUCCCGGAUCCAAGAAACACCGUGCUCAAAGUGCAAGGUUGAACUUAACAGGAAGAAAAUAUGUCAAUGUCAACUAUCGAUUCAUUGUGGAUUGCCGUGGUGACUAUAGACCGCAGAUUUUGGACCCAAAUCUUCCUUUGGAUGACUCCUCUAUCUUGCGGGUCUUGGUCAAUAAAAACGAUCAUCAGUGUCCGAUCUGUCUUGGCGAUGAGUUUGUCGCUCCGAGAAUGACACGAUGUGGUCAUAUAUUCUGUUAUCCAUGUCUGUUACGUUUGUUUGCUGCAUUUUCGACAGAAGACGAUUAUCGCGGCCGUGUCAAAUGCCCCCUCUGCUCUGAUGACAUCAAGGAAAAGCACGAUUUGCUGCCAGUUCUGAUCACGAAUAUCGACGAGAGAUUCGAAAAACCGGCAGUUGGACAACAGGUUGAGCUGGAGCUCAUGUACAGGCCAGCAUCGCGCGUUUUUGCACAGCCGUUCAAGUUCUAUCUGGAGAACUGUGAGUUCGACGGAGACAUUCCGUGGAUCCCUCGUUCAUCAACAGUGGAAAACUUUUUGCAUGAUUCGAGAUAUGUCAAAUACUCGAGAAUAGUCCAAUCUGGACCUGAGUUCGCUUCCAGGUGUUUCGAGGACGAACUACAAACUUUGGCCGUGCACCAGUCGCAGGACGCUGAACUAUUUGGAGAUAGCAUACAUCAUUAUGAAUUAGCAGCAAUUCGGAUCAAGGCACACAAGGAUGCCAUGAAUGAAUCCUUUGCCGUGUCUGUAUCGACGUCUGCUCCAGAGUCGCCGGAGUCCCUAAAUUUACAGUUGGAUGAACUUACAAUCCGCCAACACAGUUUCCAAGAGAAAGAGAAAUCAUUUUUCUUUUACCAGACAGCAUUCAACUCAAGCAUUAAAUACUUUUUGACCAAUCUUGAUGUUCAAGUUCUACGGUCGCUUUAUGGUGACUAUUCGGCUUUCCCCUUGGUGUUGCAUCCAAAACUUGAAAAUAUCAACUACGAACAGUCUCCUUUAACUGAGGAAUCCAUCGGGAAACUCAAAUACAUCGGGCAUCUCCCAAUGGGAACAGAGGUUGGUUUCUUAGAGCUAGAUUGGACAAACCAGCUACCAUCGAUUCCAAAAGAGAUUUAUGCUCGAUUCGGCAAGAAGAUCAGUGAGAGAAGUAAAGUGUCUCGCAACAAGAAAUUGCGCGAAGACCGAAGCAAAGCGGUUUUCGAAAAGGAGUUGGAGCGCAAGACACUUCAGUUUUACUCGAACGAGAACAAUUUGCGAUUGACUGACUAUGGAUAUGAAGAGGCGUCGUCGCGGAUGGCUGAGGCUACAGAAACGCCGCCUUUGGGGAACGAUAUCGAGCCUUUGGAUGAAUCCAAAUACAAAACCACAGUUUGGGGAACCAAAAUAUUAAAGGGUGAGGAGUCAGACCACGAAGAGUCCGAUUUUGAUGCAGAAUUAGUUAUCAGACAGGCCAAGGAGUCAAGCUCUGGAAAGAAGAAGAAAAAGAAGAUCGUUUUGAACUUCACAUAG